UCCUCUCCGGUGGUCCUUCGGUUUGGAGAGUCAGCAUCGGUCACUCACGGACCUACAGCGCGGUGCAACAGGACGCACAGAGGAACAUGUUGCUGCACAAACUGCUUGUGUGGAUCCUGUCAGCCCUGUGCGGUGCUGACAUGUGUUGGGGUUUUGUGUAUGAUCGGCCCAAACGCUCAGGAGAAGAUGGGACAUCGGCCAGGACAGAAACUCGCUCUGCGUCUCACUACGUGCCGACCUCUGGCUCCUGCAGAAACAGGUGUUUCGAGCUGGUUGAGUUGGAGCCGCCAAACUGUCGCUGCGACAACCUGUGUAAAACCUACAAUGGCUGCUGCUCAGACUUUGACCAGCUCUGCCUACGCACAGAGGGCGGUUAUGAAUGCAGUAAGGAUCGGUGCGGGGAGACUCGGAAUGAACAGCGUGCCUGCCACUGCUCUGAUGACUGUCUGGCCAGAGGAGACUGUUGUACCAACUACAAGAAGCUGUGCAAAGGAGACACCUCGUGGCUGCAGGAUGACUGUGAGGAGAUCAAGGCUCCUGAAUGUCCUGCUGGGUUUGUGCGUCCGCCGCUCAUCAUCCUGUCCGUGGAUGGAUUUAGAGCUUCGUAUGUGAAGAGAGGGAACACUGUCAUCCCCCACAUUGAGAAGCUCAGAACGUGUGGAACCCAUGCACCGUACAUGAGACCUGUUUACCCCACGAAAACCUUCCCCAACCUCUACUCGCUGGCUACAGGGCUUUACCCAGAGUCUCAUGGCAUCGUUGGAAACACCAUGUAUGACCCAGGGUUUGAUGCAACCUUCACCCUGAGAGGCCGAGAGAAGCUCAAUCACCGCUGGUGGGGAGGACAGCCAAUCUGGAUCACAGCACUCAGACAAGGAGUGAAGGCUGCUACCUUCUUCUGGCCUGUUGCCAUCCCUUUGGAGAGGAGGAUACUGACUAUGCUGCAGUGGCUUCACCUACCUGAAGGAGAAAGGCCUUAUGUUUACGCCAUGCACUCUGAGCAGCCGGACACAUACGGACACAAAGUGGGGCCCAUGAGCACUGAUCUGAACAGCUCUUUGAGGAUGAUUGACAGAAUUAUCGGCCAGCUCAUGGAUGGACUCAAGCAGAUGAAACUGCACCGCUGUGUCAACAUCAUCCUGGUCGGGGAUCACGGUAUGGAAGAGGCCCACUGCGAUCGCACCGAGUUCCUCAGUAACUAUAUGACCAGCAUUGAUGACAUCAUCCUCGUCCCUGGAGCCCUAGGCAGAAUACGCUCCAGACAGCCCAACAACACCAAAUAUGACCCCAAAGCUGUUGUGGGCGAUCUAACGUGUAAGAAAGCAGACCAGCACUUCAAACCGUACUUGAAGCAGCACCUGCCAAAGAGACUGCACUACGCCAACAAUCAACGCAUUGAAGAUGUUCAUCUCCUGGUGGACAGGAAGUGGCACGUUGCCAGGAAAGUCCCUGAAGGCAGGAGGCACUGUGGCUUUGCUGGAGAUCAUGGAUAUGACAAUAAGAUCAACAGCAUGCAGACUAUUUUCGUUGGGUAUGGACCUACAUUUAAAUUCAAGACUAAAGUUCCAGCCUUUGAAAACAUCGAGCUUUAUAACGUAAUGUGUGAUCUUCUAGGUUUGAAACCGGCCCCUAAUAAUGGAACUCAUGGCAGUCUGAACCACCUGCUAAGAACCCCCCCGUACAGACCCACCAUGCCAGAGGAGGUCUCCAGGCCAACAGCCUCUGGUGCUGUGCCUGCAGGGACAGACAGCUUGGGGUGCAGUUGCGACGAAAAGUUGCGUGUAAAAAGUAGGGGCCAGAGAAGUUUGAAAGUGACCCUUGUACGAGGCUAUAACCUGGAGUCACUCUGGCUCUGUCUCUUACAGAACAAAGUGGAGGAGCUAAACCAGCGACUGAGGCAAGCUAUGGAUGACAGCAGGAACCUGCCGUUCGGUCGGCCUGCUGUCCUCUUCCGUACCAAAUACUGCAUCCUGCACCACAGCGACUACAUCAGUGGCUACAGUGAAACUCUGUCUAUGCCCGUCUGGACGUCGUACACUGCCAGCAGACAGGUAGAAGUGUCUCCUCUGCCUGAAACUCUGUCCAACUGUGUGAGACCUGAUUCCAGAGUCCCUCCAGCUUACAGCCAAUCAUGUACCAACUACAGAGCAGAUAAACACAUCACGUACGCCUUUCUGUACCCACCACAACUGUCGUCAAAUCUAGACAAAAAAUACGAUGCUGUCCUCAUCACCAACACUGUUCCCAUGUAUCCAGCAUUCAAGAAGAUAUGGGGUUAUUUCCAGAGAGUGCUGGUAAAGAAAUACGCCACUGAGAGAAAUGGAGUGAAUGUACUGACUGGACCCAUAUUUGAUUACAACUAUGAUGGUGUCAGAGACUCAGCUGAGAAGAUACGAGAGUAUAUAGGUGGUACAAUCCCAAUCCCCACUCACUACUUUGUGGUCCUGACCAGCUGCUUAGACUUCACACAGGCUGCAGAUUCGUGUAAUGGACCGCUCAACAGCGCCGCCUUCAUCCUGCCGCACAGACCCACCAACGAUGAGAGCUGCAACAGCUCAGAGGAGGAGUCUCGCUGGGUGGAGAGCCUGAUGAAGAUGCACACAGCUCGGGUCAGAGACGUGGAGAUCCUGACAGGCCUGGACCUGUACCGCAGGACCAGCCGCAGCUACGCUGAAAUCCUCUCGCUCAAGACCUACAUGCACACCUACGAGAGCGAGAUCUGAGUUCUGCUAAUGUUCCUGACGUUAUCUUCUGCCGUGGUGGAUCGAUGUGAUACCAGGAGGAGCUGCAGUCCUCUCACCCCACCAACUGCUCUGCAGCAUCAAUGUUGUGGCCCCUUCACUCACUCCUUCAUGUGCUUUCAUCUCAGUAACUGUAAUUUUGCAUACAUUUUGAACACCACUCAGCUAAGAGGCCACUUAAGUUUAAUAUUUAGCUUUUCAAAAGGUACAGAUCGAUAUCCAUUCGCAGAAAUGCUGCUGCACAAUGACACUCAUUUCAUCCAUCCAACCGUGGCUGUACCCACCUAUGUGUCAGAGGGCUGACUGUGAGUGGAAAUGAGCUCCACUGAUGAUGAAUCACAGCAUCAUUAAAUAUGUCUCGAGAUAUUCAAGUAGAGUUACAACAUAACAAACAGAUCAGUGUAGAGACAUGGUGUCAGAUUCUGACCAAUCAGACAAAAGCUUUUAUUUUUCUUUAAAUAUAAGUAAGAUGUUCUCCUAUGUUUGUGUGGCUGUAUCACAUGCCAAGAGAAACACAAACUUUCUAACUUCCCUUCAUCUUUAAGCAACCGCUAUUUUUGGAUACUCUCAAUGAAAUCAGUUUUCAAAAAUCUGAAAAAGGCAAUUGUGGAUUUUGUUACAUUGGUUAUGUCCUCACAGUGAUCUACAUUUUGCACCAGUGCACAAUCAGAUCAGUUGUUUAAGUGGUUCACCAGCCUGGAGGCUGUUAGGAGGCUAAAUUCUGCUAUAAAGAAAUGAUGUUUUUCCACGUGGAGGUGCACGUGUUUAUGCAGCCUGCCUGAAACAGUACGGUGUAAAGAAUCCAAGAUGAGAUUCUUUUUUUCAUUCCAUAUUCUGGACAUUGUAACUUCAACAUGGCUGACAUUCAUCAAUAAGACCUGUUGUCACAUCAUUAAGAAACCUGCUGUAAAUCAGGUUCUCAGAGCACUGCGUUUCUCUUGACAUCAUGACAUUUUUCAUGGAGGUCACUUAAUGGUUACGAAGAAACAAAGGAGGUUUGUAUUUUCACUGUUCCCACAUAGACUGUUUCCUCUCUUCCUCAUUAGUCUCCUUGGUCAGAGUGUGGGCAGUUUUCCUGUGAAUGCACAAGCAUUAGAGCAAGAAAGUUUAUCUGCUGUGGUAUUUCAUCUUCUGUCCAAUUCAGUCAACUUUCCAAAUCAAGUAAAAAUGAAUUCAAAUUAUGGAAAGCAAAGUGAACGUGAGGCCAGAAACUCUUUUACAAAUCUGGACUGCAGAUGUAGAGAGCUAGAAUCCACAUGUUACAAAGAAGCUAUGUUUGAAUGAUGUCAAGGAAACGUGCCUUGCACCACAGAGCUCUGGCAGAAUCCCAGAGAGAGUCCCAGAAAAAUCAGCACUAAGGAUUGUAAAACCAAAGCGGUCUUCUGUAUGAUGUAAGCCACUCCAUCAUUACAACGUGUUGCAUUCUUCCUCGACACGAUGAGUGCUUUAAAAAUGCCUUUAGUGUGUGACAGGGAGUGACACUGGUGUCUGUGUGUGUGGGUGUGUGUGUGUGUGUGUGGGUGUGUGUGUGUGAAGGUAAAUUCCAGAUUAGUUUUUCUUUGUAUUUUUGACUGUCAAAUAUGUGGGUUUCAUUGUGAAUUGUGUCCAAUAACAGUGUUGAUGAUGAUUUAUUGAUUUUGGAAAAAAAAAAAACACGUACCACCUGUGAGACUGACUUAUUUAAACUUUAUGGACAUUUCUCAAUAAAAAAGUGUUUUUACUAAAUAA